GACGGAAAUGAUUUGCAGUUACGCCAGCUGCUUCUUCUUCAGACUGCUGCUGGUCGCAGCGGCCGUAUUGAGCAGCUCGGUUUGCUAUCGGGCCGUUUUCGCAGAAGAGGAGUGCAUCAAUAAAGGAGUUCUUUGUUAUAACUGUGAUUCAACACUGGAUCCGAAUUGUGCCGAUCCGUGGAACUUUACUGGAUAUUAUGACAUCGGUGUUCCUAUACAAAAAUGCGUUGGGUCUGGGAAACGAGCACGAAAUCGUAGAGAUUCGAUCCCCUCAACGAUUCCUCCAAAAACGGCCGAGGCUCCCGAAUUCCUUCGUAGUCCUGGACUCGUAUAGAUCGGAGAUUCUCAGCGAAUGCUCGUCGAAGCAUCCGAAAG